UUCUAGCUAGGCUGCUUUCCAGCCUGGCCUCUGGUAGGAUGCGGGCCCUUUGCUAACCAAACCCUCUUCCCAGCUAAUGGGCUUAAAAGUCCCCAAAGCAGCUGUAUGCCUGGGCACUCAGGUGGGUUGGGGAGAAAGGCUUGGGUUCCUGCCUUAGGGACCUCAUAGUACACAGGGUGCCUAUACUAGUUCCUUUCUAGGCCUCAGUUUCCCCAACCAUGGCUAGUUUAUUGACGGGUCCAGCAAAUGUGUACAGAGGCCCUCUCUGGUUAUGCCACACAGAGCACCCAGAGUCACCAGGAAAAGGCUGGCAAGGUGCAUCCCCAGCACAGCCAUUUUUACUGGGGCCUUAGUGCUUCAGAGAGAGGUUUAGCUAGGCUACAUGUCUUGGGCUUGGGGUCCCCUGUGGCUUCAGGUCAGCUCCUCUCUCCUUGAACUCUUCUUGUCCUUGGUGAAUGUGGGCUGCUGCCACCCCCUCUGCCAGGCCUGUGCCCCUGUUGUUCCCACGCCUGGAGCACACCACCACUCAUUACCGUCCUCUGGCUGUCUCCUCUUCACCCUUCAGCUCUCACCUCCUCCGUGUGCUCAGUCUGUGAACGAGGUGCUGGAGUCGAUGGACUGGCCACUGGAGCUGGCAGAAGGCUUUGUGGGCUCCAUCGAGGUGGCUGUGCCCUGGGCUGCACUGCUCACAGACCAUUGCACCGUGCGUGUGUCAGGCCUUCAACUCACCCUGCAGCCCCGCCAGGGUCCAGGGCCAGGGGCUGCUGACUCACAGAGCUGGGGUUCAUGCAUGACCACAAGCCUGCAGCUGGCUCAGGAGUGUCUGCGGGAUGGACUGCCUGAACCCUCUGAGCCACCACAGCCCCUAGAGGGGCUGGAAAUGUUCGCCCAGACCAUUGAGACUGUGCUGCGGAGGAUCAAGGUGACCUUCCUGGACACUGUCGUGAGGGUGGAGCACACGCCGGGUGAUGGGGAGCCUGGCAUGGCUGUAGAGGUCCAUGUGCAAAGACUGGAGUAUUGUGAUGAAGCAGUGCGGGACCCAAGCCAGGCACCACCUGUGGACGUGCACCAGCCACCUGCCUUCCUGCACAAAUUGCUGCAGCUGGCAGGGGUCCGUCUGCACUUUGAGGAGUUCCCCUCACAGGUAAAACUGCCAGAGCCCCCCUUACAGAUUGGCAGCUGCUCAGGGUACAUGGAGCUGAUGGUGAAGAUAAAACAGAAUGAGGCCUUCCCAGGCCCCAAGCUGGAAGUGGCAGGACAGCUGGGCUCCCUGCACCUGCUCCUGACCCCACGGCAGCUCCAACAGCUUCAGGUACUGCUCAGUGCUGUCAGCCUUGCAGAUCCCAAAGAUCUAGCUGACAAGCUGAACAAGAGCCGCCCACUAGGUGCUGAAGACCUGUGGCUGAUUGAGCAGGAUCUGAACCAGCAGCUACAGGCGGGCGCUGUGGUAGAGCCCAUCAGCCCAGACCCUCUGACCAACCCCCUCUUCAACCUGGACAGCACUGACCUCUUCUUCUCCAUGGCUGGUCUUACAAGCAGCGUGGCCUCAGCCGUCUCUGAGCUCUCCCUCUCUGAUGUAGACCUGGGCUCCUCUGUGCACAGCAACAUGGCCUCCCGUCGACUCUCUGCCCUGGCUCACACAACAGGCAAGGCAGCCCCCACUCCCCUUCCGGGCACCAUGCGCCCUGACUCGCUGCUGAAGAUGACCUUGGGUGGUGUGACCCUGACCUUGCUUCAGACAUCUGCCCCAUCUUCCGGACCACCUGACCUCGCUACUCACUUUUUUGCUGAGUUUGAUGCCUCCAAGGAUGGGCCUUUUGGGUCUCGAGACUUCCACCACCUUCGGCCACGUUUCCAGAGAGCCUGCCCCUGCAGUCAUGUCCGACUCACAGGCAUGGCCGUGCAGCUGUCCUGGGAGCUGCGGGCAGGCAGCCGGGGCCGGCGGACAACCAGCACAGAAGUGCACUUUGGGCAGCUGGAGGUGCUGGAGUGUCUGUGGCCCAGGGGCUCUUCAGAGCCUGAGUACACAGAGAUCCUAAGUUUCUCUAGUAACCUGGGUUCCCAGGCCUCAGCUCGGCCCUGUGCUCACCUGCGCCAUACACAGAUCCUGCGCCGGGUGCCCAAGAGCCGGUCCCGACGCUCAGCUACCUGCCAUUGCCACUCAGAACUGGCCCUGGAUCUGGCUGACUUCCAAGCAGACGUGGAUCUGGGGACCCUGAACCGGCUUGCUGCCCUGCUGCACCUGGCCACCACACCCCCUGAGCCACCUGCCACUGGUCUGCUGACAGAACCCCUGCCAGUCACUGAGCAGCAGACAGUGUUUCGGCUCUCAGCACCCCGGGCUACCCUGAGGCUGCGCUUCCCCAUUGCUGACCUGAGGCCUGAGCGGGACCCUUGGGCAGGCCGGGCUGUACGGGCUGAGCAGCUGCGGCUGGAGCUGAGUGAGCCCCAGUUCCGGUCAGAGCUUAGCAGUGGGCCUGGACCCCCAGGCUCCACUCGCCUGGAACUUAUCUGCUCUGACCUGCAUGGAAUCUACGAAGAUGGGGAGAAGCCACCCAUCCCCUGCCUGCGGGUCUCCAAAGCCCCAGACCCCAAGAGUACUGGACACAAGUACUUCCUGCCCCAGGUAGUGGUGACCUUGAACCCCCAGUCCAAUGGCACACAGUGGGAGACAGCCACAGAGAAAGGCGAGGAGCUGGAGAUGUCCACUGAAAGUCCAUGCGAGCUGCGGGAGCCUGAGCCCUCGCCCUUCUCCUCCAAGAGGACCAUGUAUGAGACGGAGGAGAUGGUAAUCCCUGGAGACCCUGAAGAGAUGAGGACUUUCCAGAGCCGGACCCUGGCGCUGUCCCGCUGCAGCCUGGAAUUGAUCCUGCCCAAUGCCCACAUCUUCCUACCCAGCAAAGAGGUCUACGAAAGCAUCUACAACAGGAUCAACAACGACUUGCUCAUGUGGGAGCCCGCGGACCUGCUUCCCACCCCUGGCUCCACCACUCACCCCACUGACUUCCCUGGCUCCUCAGGUUUCUGGCAUGACAGCUUCAAGAUGUGCAAGUCAGCCUUUAAGCUGGACUCGGACUCAGAUGAGGAAGAUGCCCAGUUCUUCUCAGUGGGGACAUCAGGUGCUCCCCAGGCUCCCGUCCCUGAGCCCCCAAGUCGUCACUCACAGAGUACCUUCUCUACCCUGGUGACAGUGCUAAAAGGUCGGAUCACAGCCUUCUGUGAGGCCAAGGAUGAGGCUGGGAAGCGCCUGGAGGCCACACACGGGGAGCUGGUGCUGGAUAUAGAACAUGGCACCAUCUUCAGUGUCUCCCAGUACCACAGUCAGCCGGGGCUUGGCUACUUCUGCCUGGAAGCCGAAAAGGCAACACUUUACCACCGAGCGGCCGUGGACAACUAUCUGCAGCCCAGUCACCUGGAACCAUCUAGCUUUGCUCCCCCGGCCCAGCUGGCCCCAACCAUCUACCCAUCAGAGGAAGGGGUGACUGAGCGGGGAGCCUCAGGCCGCAAGGGCCAGGGUCAGGGCUCCCCCAUGCUGUCUGCUGCUGUGCGCAUCCACCUGGACCCUCACAAGAAUAUCAAGGAGUUCCUGGUGACACUGCGGUUGCACAAAGCUACCCUGCGUCAUUACAUGGCCCUGCCUGAACAGAGCUGGCAUUCCCAGCUGUUGGAGUUCUUAGACGUGCUCGAUGACCCUGUGCUGGGCUACCUGCCCCCAACGGUCAUCACUGUCCUGCACACACACCUGUUUUCCUGCGCCGUGGACUACAGGCCCCUCUACCUCCCUGUGCGCGUCCUUGUCACUGCUGAGACCUUCACCCUCUCCAGCAACAUUGUCAUGGACACGUCGACCUUCCUGCUCAGGUUCAUCCUCGAUGACUCUGCCUUGUACCUGUCCGACAAGUGUGAGGUGGAGACCCUGGAUCUGCGGCGAGACUAUGUGUGUGUCCUGGAUGUUGACCUCCUAGAGCUUGUGAUCAAAACCUGGAAGGGGAGCACUGAGGGCAGACUGAGCCAGCCGCUGUUUGAGCUGCGCUGCUCCACCAAUGUGGUGCAUAUGCACAGCUGUGCCGACUCCUGUGCCCUGCUGGCCAACCUGCUCCAGUAUGUAACCAGCGCGGGUGACCUGCACCCCCCACCCCGGCCCGCCAGCCCCACGGAGAUCGCCGGUCAGAAGGUACAGCUCUCCGAGAGCCCUGCCUCCCUGUCCUCCUUCCCCCCAGUGGAGACGGCCCUCAUCAACCAGCGUGACCUGACUGACGCCCUCCUGGACACUGAGCGUAGCCUGCGAGAGCGGGCCCAGCCCUCAGGUGGUCCACUCCCUCAAGCCUCACCCAUCUCAGUCUACCUGUUCCCAGGUGAACGGAGUGGGGCCCAGGCUCCUUCAUCCUCUCCUGGGGUCUCCACUGGCACCUUAGGGUCCUGCUCUGAGGCUAAGACAGAGGAAAAGGAGGAGGAAGGGGAUGGAGACACUCUGGACAGUGAUGAGUUCUGCAUCCUUGACGCCCCUGGCCUGGGCAUCCCGCCACGAGAUGGGGAGCCUGUGGUGACACAGCUGCAUCCAGGCCCCAUCGUUGUGCAGGAUGGAUACUUCUCACGGCCAUUGGGCAGCACAGACCUGCUGCGGGCUCCUGCCCACUUCCCAGUGCCCAGCAGUCGUGUGGUGCUACGGGAGGUUUCUCUUAUCUGGCACCUCUAUGGGGGCCGAGACUUUGGCCCCCACCCUGGACACAGGGCAAGAGUUGGCCUCACAGGCCACAGGGGCUCCCCUUCCCGCUGCUCUGGCCCCAACCGACCCCAGAACUCCUGGCGCACACAGGGAGGCAGUGGGCGGCAGCACCAGGUCCUCAUGGAGAUCCAGCUCAGCAAGGUGAGCUUUCAGCACGAGGUGUACCCGGAGGAGACAGCCACGGACACAGCCCCUGGCCAGGAGCUGGAAGAGCGGCCACUGUCCCGCCAGGUGCUCAUCGUGCAGGAGCUGGAGAUCCGAGACCGGCUUGCCUCCUCCCAGAUCAACAAGUUCCUGCACCUACACACAAGCGAGCGGCUGCCACGGCGCACACACUCGAACAUGCUCACCAUCAAAGCGCUGCAUGUGGCUCCAACCACUAGCCUAGGUGGGCCUGAGUGCUGUCUCCGUGUCUCACUGAUGCCUCUGCGGCUCAACGUGGACCAGGAUGCCCUCUUCUUCCUCAAGGACUUCUUCACCAGCCUAGCAGCUGGUAUCAACCCCAUGGUCCCAGGAGAGACCUCUGAUGCUCACCCUGAGACCCGAGGCCGGCCUAGCAGCCCCCAGGAAGGGCAACCUGAGGAUGUGGAGAUGAGUGGCUCCCAGGAGGCCCCAGGCAGUGGCCACAGCUCUGCUGCCGAGCAGCAGCCCAUCUAUUUCAGGGAGUUCCGCUUCACAUCUGAGGUGCCCAUCUGGCUGGAUUACCAUGGCAAGCAUGUCACCAUGGACCAGGUGGGCACUUUUGCUGGCCUCCUCAUCGGCCUGGCCCAGCUCAACUGCUCCGAGCUGAAGCUCAAGCGACUCUGUUGCCGGCAUGGGCUCCUGGGUGUAGACAAGGUGCUGGGCUAUGCUCUCAAUGAGUGGCUGCAGGACAUCCGCAAGAACCAGCUGCCUGGCCUGCUGGGAGGUGUGGGCCCCAUGCACUCGGUUGUCCAGCUCUUCCAAGGGUUCCGGGACCUGCUGUGGCUGCCCAUUGAGCAGUACCGGAAGGAUGGACGCCUCAUGCGGGGACUGCAGCGUGGGGCUGCCUCCUUUGGCUCAUCCACGGCCUCUGCUGCCCUAGAACUGAGCAACCGACUGGUGCAGGCCAUCCAGGCCACAGCCGAGACGGUCUAUGACAUCCUGUCUCCUGCAGCGCCCAUCUCCCGCUCCCUGCAGGACAAGCGCUCUGCCCAAAGGCUGCGUAGAGGCCAGCAGCCAGCUGACCUCCGGGAGGGCGUGGCCAAGGCUUAUGACACGGUUCGAGAGGGCAUCCUGGAUACAGCUCAGACCAUCUGUGAUGUGGCAUCAAGGGGCCACGAGCAGAAGGGGCUGACAGGCGCUGUGGGGGGCGUGAUCCGCCAGCUGCCCCCAACGGUGGUGAAACCAAUCAUCGUUGCCACAGAGGCCACCUCCAACGUGCUCGGGGGCAUGCGUAACCAGAUCCUGCCUGAUGCCCACAAGGACCAUGCUCUCAAGUGGCGUUCUGAGGAGGCCCAGGACUGAGCCACGGGCACCAGGACCCAGUGGGGCACUGCCCACUGUGCCCAGCCAGCUCCCCAGCCUCCUGAGAGCUGUGACCCACAGCCGGGCCAAGCCUAGGCCCUUCAGGGGUAGGCCACUGUGAAGGACACCUGCCUGGCCUGCCCAUUGCCAAUCUGCUGUGAGUGGGGCCUCCCUGCCUUGGGGCCUCGGCCCUGUCUGCACUUUUCCUCUGGGGAGAAAGGAUACGGACCCUCCCCACCACAUGGGCCCACACUGCUGUCUUGUCCUGGGAUGAAGGUGGACCCUCAACCCCAACCCCACUCAGCCAAGUGUCUUUCCAUGUCUCAUGGGAAAGUGAGGGACAGACACCGUGUGGGUCAGUGUAUUAUUUUUAAGCUCCCUGAGCGUGUGGGUCAGUGUCUGCAUGAAGUGGAAUAAACUUGCCCACCGCCA